AUGCGUACGCAUUAUGAACAAAUUAUGUCGGCUUUUAUGAGGGUUAAGAAUCAUGAUUUGAAUCUCGAAAUGUUUUCUCCGGAACAAAGAACAUUCAUUCACGAGAUUCUAUGGCGUCGCAUUGAAAAAUCUUUACCAUUAAAUUUUUCGGUUUCAUUAGCUCAGUUUGUGCCUAACCUUUUAGUGCAACAAAUAAUAUCGUUUGAUCAAGUGAAUGAGAGUGAAAUAGUAUAUGAAUUAAAAGAAGAGGAUGUUAAUUUCGUAGUUGAAGCUGAGCCACAUGAUACUGCUGCUCGAAAUGAAACGAUUGACCUUGACACAAUACUGCCAAAAAUCGUUGGGCAUGCGCGAAUAGAAAAUAUCUUCGGCACUCCAUCAAAUUCUUCGCCUAAAAAAGCAGAUCUAUUUAAAAUAACACAUAUUCCUAUGUUUAUCGAUGAAAAGAAAGUGGUAUACACUUCAAAUCUUCCUCAAUAUUUAACGUUAGCUCAUGAUGGAAGUUCUUCGGAAUGGUUUGAGCAUAAGGAUAGAAAAUGCACCACGAAUGAACAAUUGAAAUAUAUGUUUUGUUCUAUUCCAGUACCUGUGUUUAAUGCGAUUCGACAUCCUUGUUUGAGAUCAAUUAUAUUCAACACAUCUGUUGACGACUGUCUAAGAGAAACAGUUGAUUUAUCUUCACCACAAGUCAUCGAAUUUGCGCCUAAUAUACAUGCAAUUAGCGUUCACACACCAUUGCAAUGUUUUGAAAAGGGCGAUAAAAAAAAAAUUUAA